UUUUGUUCCUUCACGACCUUUUCUGGUUACUUGGGCAAAUACUGUUGUUCUUAUUUCAUGAAUGCCCGCACUGCUGACAGCCAUGGCCUGACCACUGCACGAAAUCGAGUCAGUGACAUCAAUAUGGAGAGAAGUUAGAACUUGCAUCUUCGUUUACUGUCUAGCAUGAGUCACAUCCUAUUUCAUACGUGUUGCCCCAAACUGUUGCCCUUCUUCCCUUUGUGGCUACUUUCAUUGGGUAAGAACAAUUCCAGAAGGCUGCUAACCGUUGUUUCUUAUAGUAAUCAUCUUAGUGACCAAAACCCAUGUUCCAUUUCUAGUGGUAGCCCCAACAACCAAGACCUGCGGCUGGUAUUUAAUGGAAAGGGCAGAUUACAGAAUUUUGAACAUUCCCCAGCUUUGCAUUAUAACGGCAAUCUACAUUCUCCUUAUGUUUCUAGGGAACACUGCUUAUGGUUUAUCUCAAUAUGCAAUUCAAGGGCCCUGAAAGUGGGUGUUGCUGUACAUGGCCUUAUUACAAAGCUCGGGCUUGAGCACGAUCUGUUUUUGAACAAUAAUCUGCUUUCACUGUAUGUGAAAUGCUUUGACAUCGUCCAUGCGAGUAAAUUGUUUGAUGAAAUGCCUAAAAAGGAUGUAGUUUCAUGGACUGGGAUGAUAUCUGCUUACGUCAAGUGUGGAGAGAAUGAGAAGGCUAUUGGUUUAUUUGAUAUGAUGGUUUUCUCUGGCUUGAUCCCCAACAAAUUCACUUUUGCAAGUGCUUUGCGUGCUUGCACUUCUGCUGGGGCAUCGGAGCAUGGAAGGCACAUUCAUGCAUGGAUGACAAAGUGUGGAUUUGUGUCAAAUACAGUUCUGGGAAGUGCCUUGAUUGACUUCUAUUCGAAGUGUGAGAAAUUUGUGGAGGCAUAUGAUGUUUUCUUGGAAAUGCAAUUUCAUGAUGUGAUCAGUUGUACAACCAUGAUUGCUGCAUUUAUUCAGGAACAGGACCCCAGUUCGGCAUUGAGGUUGUAUCUUCAAAUGGAAGAAUGGGGAAUAUCACCAAAUGAGUUCACUUUUGUCAAUCUGCUACCGGCAUCAUUUUCUCUUGGUCGCAAGUGUGUUAAAUCAGUUCAUGCUCAUAUAGUUCUUCUGGGCAUUAAACUUAAUUUGGUUUUAAAAACUGCUCUGAUUGAUACGUACUUGAAAUUUGGAAUGAUUGAAGAAGCUAACAAAGUUUUGAAUCAAACACCAGAAUCUGACACAUUCUUGUGGACAACUGUGAUUGCUGGGCUGACACAAGCUGAAAACUUUGUUGAAGCAAUAGAUGCUUUUUGUAGCAUGGGAGCUGCUCGCGUAUCCCCAAAUUCCUACACUUAUGCAGGCAUCCUUAAGGCCUGCUCAUGCAUUCCACUACUGGAGUUUGGAAUGCUAAUCCAUUCACGUGUAUGGAAGGUAGGCCUACAAGAGAAUGCUUCUGUUGUGAAUGCACUUGUUGACAUGUACAUGAAAUGCUUGAGAUCUGAAGAUGCUUUAUCUCUUUUCAAAGAAGUACCUACACCUGACGUCAUCUUGUGGACAUCUCUCAUUACUGGCUUCGCCAUACAUAACCAAGAACGUGAAGCUGUUCAAGCAUUUAAUUAUAUGCAAGCAGCUGGAAUUCAGGCAACUUCAUCCACGUUUGCUAGCUUGCUUAAGGCUUGCUCCAGCAAACUAGACCAAGUGGGAAGGUUUCAUGGUUGCAUAAUCAAGAGUGGUGCUGAUGCAGAUAUUGCUGUUGGAAAUUCACUAGUUGAUGUUUAUGCAAGAUUCGGGAUGAUGGAGGAUGCUUGGAGUAUUACCAAGACAAUGGCAGAUAGAGAUGUGGUUACUUAUACAAGCUUGGCAAAAGGAAACAACCAUUUGGGUCAUCAUUUAGAGGCUCUCGAUGUUAUGCAUGUUUUGCUAGAUGAUAACGUCCGAGUAGAUAAUUUUUGCUUAGCAACCUUUUUAUCUGCUUCUGCUGGUUUGCCAGCACUGGAGGCAGGAAAGCAAAUCCACUGCUGUGCUGUAAAGACAGGGUUCGAGCACUGGAUUUCUGUAGGAAACAGCCUGGUUGACAUGUAUGGCAAGUGUGGAAACACGAGGGAUAGCCAGAGAAUGUUUACAUUGAUCCCCAAUCCAAAUGUUGUAUCAUGGAAUGCAUUGAUGGCUGGUAUGGCCUCAAAUGGGCAGUUCGCCAGUGCCCUUCAUUGUUUUGAAGAGAUGCAACUGGUAGGUCUGAACCCUGAUGAUGUUACCUUUUUGUUGGCUCUAUAUGCUUGCAGUCAUGGUGGAUUGGUUGAGAGAGGUCGUCAAAUUUUCAAGCAGAUGCAUGAAAUUCACAAGGUCACAGCGACGUUGGAUCAUUAUGUAUGCAUGGUUGAUCUUCUUGGCCGUGCUGGGUUUCUUGAAUCUGCAGCUGAGCUUACAGAAAGCAUGCCUUUCAGACCUGAUGCACUUUUAUAUAAAACUUUAUUGAGUUCCUGUAAAUUGCAUAAGAAUGUAGGUUUAGGAGAGUAUGCAGCAGGCCGCGCUCUCGAGUUAGAUCCCACUGACCCAGCAACUUAUGUGUUGCUGGCUAACAUGUAUGAUGAUGCUGCAAAGUCGGAUUCUGCUAACAGCGUGCGAUUAAUGUUGAAACAGAGAGGUUUAAAGAAAAAUCCUGGACAAAGCUGGAUAGAGAUAAGGAAUAAGCUGUAUCAUUUCACAUCUGGUGACAGGUUUCAUCCCCAGACAGCUGAGAUGCAUGCGAAGUUGGAGAAAUUGAAUGUGGAUGUGAGGAAGUUGGGAUAUGAGGGUACCGACAGAAAGCAGAACUCGUAUCAUAGUGAAAGGCUUGCACUUGCCUUUGGCUUGCUUCAUGCGCCACAUUCAGCUGCCAUUCGUGUAAUUAAGAAUUUGCGCAUCUGUAGUGACUGUCAUUCUUUCAUAAGAUUUGUCAGCAUUUUGGUUGACAGAGAUAUCAUUAUUAGAGAUGGAAAUAGAUUUCACUCAUUCAAGAAUGGAGUCUGUUCUUGUGGUGAAUACUGGUAAUAACUCAUCAAGAUUUUGUCAAACUUGGUGCAAACAUAUUCUCUUUCCAUUAAUUUGCCAAGGAAGUUGCUCCUUGUCUGCAAGAAGUAGAGCAUUACUUUGUGGCCUUGUCACUACCUCCGGACGUUUAUGUGAAGAACCGAGGAGGUUGGUUGAGUGGGGUCGGAGCAGGGAACGGGCAGUUUGAUGGGCACUAAUGUCUCGAGUCCUUGAGCAUCAACUCCCUGUAGCACCACUAAAGCAGUCAUAGGACGCAGGGUCUGGGAUACUAGUUGUGACUCCUCGAGCACACAGGGUUGUCCCUCUGCUUUCUUUGGCAUGUUUAUGCAUAAAUUCAGAUCUUGCGACAACUCUAUUUUCUUCUGCACACUGUUUGAGCCACCACUGCUUAGUUUUCUUUGUACCACCAAUUCCAAUCUGAAGCCUUAUUCCAUGUUCUUCCAGGGCAGAGGAAACUUGCAUUAUUCCAGCUAUUCUAUAUUUUCAGUUUCUCAUUCGUCUUGGCUUACCAAGUUAAUCAGCUUAACCAACAUCCAUGAUGUUGAAACUUCAAAUUCUUCAUCACUUUACCUCACAAACGCCCUUCCCAUUUGCCACCCACAUUCCAUCGGAGUACUUUUUUCCCAUGUUCUCUAGAUUCAAGAAAGAUUUCCAAGCCAAAUCAGUCUAAAUGCUUGGCCUCAAUUGUAGGCUCCAAAAUGUUUGUCACUUGUUUACGGAGUGGCCCUUUUCUUUGCCAAAAGGGGAUGAUUGUCAUUGGAUGACACCCAUCUGCAAGGAUAAUUGCUGCUCCACUUCUGCCAUCGCUGACUCUGAUACAGCCCACAACGAUAGAGGAAGGGAAAACGGGGGUUGGGUCUUCGGGCCUCUUUUAUGAAUGGUGGAUUGUUAACCUCAUGCUCACCCAAAAUUGUUAUUCCACCUGCCAAUUUUCACUGCUGUUCUCAAAAGGGCUGUCAACUAGGUUAAGUAACAUGCUCACAAGUUAUUAGCCUGUAAAUUGCCAGUAUGUAUGAGGAUUCUGCCAUGUAAGUUGUACCAAGCAGCGCUGGGAAAACAAAAUUGAAUGGGUGGC